AUGGGAAAGUUAACGUGGUGACUGUAAUGGGAGCGAAAGUGCAAGGGAAUAUCUCGCUCUGUAAACUAGCUAACGUUAGCCGCUUGAGAACAUGCUUUGGCAAAGGCGGGAGGUGGCCUGUCCUCAGCCCACUGUGAGCUAACGGUAACUCAGCACUUAUUUCAUAGGGAUAAAGACUACGGCACCGCACUCCCUGUGCCCGAAUUGCUUUCUAACGUUCUAGAAGCAUCUAAACCCUUCUUUGAGUCAGGUGCACCGCAUGGCUGAAGUACGGUAGCGGCUAAAGUCGACGUCGUUAGCUCAACUAGCGGAGUGUUCAUUGAUCAGAAAACCGCCUCCAGCUCUGUCAGGUGCCACGAUAUCGGCAUGUAAAGACAAUUUAGUGUGGUUAAAAUAAAAAGUUUCAUGAUCGCAGCGUUUAAAAAUAAAAAAUUAAUCCAAUCCAUGGCUUGCAUUGGCCACUAAGAGGAUUUGGAAUACGAGGCCAUUACAAUGACGCUGUUAAGAUUUUGUGCUAAUGCAAAUACGGUUGAAUUGGUUACAUAAAAAUAAUGCCAACAUAAUACACAGAUAUUGACCAUAAACAAUUUUAGUGCAUUAUGUUCAGUAUGAUAAUUUGGGCGUUCCUGAAAAAAAAAUCCUACUGACGGUUAGUAAUUCAACGACAGUAGAAGCAAACGUGAUUAAACCUCAGCCUUAUUUACCAACAUUUGUACUUUGAUGAUUGGAUCCGUUUGUUCCAUUUACAACUUUGAUUGUCCUGUUCCUGUUUAUGUCUGUGCCUUUUAAGUGAUAUGGCAACAAAAACAAUAGGAAGCAUCACUAACUUAGAGAUUCAAAGACUGGAGAGCAGAUGGAAAAAUACUAGGUAUUAAUGUAGUUGUGGGAGAUAAAAAAAAAUACACAGUAGGACAGUUAUCCAGGAAAGAUCAUACAACAUUGAUCCCAGCUGCUGCCAGAAAGAACAAACCAAGACAACACAGAGGCUGUGUAACAAUAAGACAGAAGAGACACAAACGGCAGUCGUACGCCACUGACUAUGCCAACUGUAAUAAUACACCGGGAAGAAUACGCUGCAGAGCAUCCAGCAUCUGCCAAGUGGUACGACAGAAGGGACUCAGUUUAUAUCGAGUUCUUAGUAAAAGACAGCAAAGAUGUUAAAGUCAGUUUCGAUAAAACAAAGUGUAGUUUCAGUUGUAUUGGAGGAAAUGACAACCUCAAAUAUGAGAAUGAAAUAGACCUUUUUGAGGCUAUUGAUGAAAAUGUAAGUUUGUUUCAUUUUGCUUCAUAGUAUUUAUGUAAUCGUGGAAAAAAAGCACAACCAGGGCCACCAUGGUUGAGACUAACAAAAGACAAGGCUAAGCUGAGCUGGCUGAGCGUUGACUUUAACAACUGGAAAGACUACGAGGAUGACUCAGAUGAGGAGAUGGGGAACUCCAGUCAAUUCUCAGAUCUGAUGAACAACAUGGGAGGAGACGAAGACCUAGAUCUAGACGGUCCAGAUGACGAUGACUCUGCAGAUAGUGAUGAUGAAAAAAUGCCAGAUUUGGAAUAGUCAACCUAAAGACUGUGGAAGAAACGGAAGAAGAGAUGUGGAAUCUUAAACAAAUGUUUAUCUUAAAAUUGAAGGCAGUUACAAACAACUGUACAUAUGAUUCAGUAGUCAUAUUUAAAUCCAAACUCCUGACCGAUCUGUCCAGUGAAGGUUGAUAUGCAUGGUUUUGUACAGAGCAGCUAUCUCCACUUCCAUUUGCUGUACUGCACCUUCUUAGUAUCUUCAUUUACUGUUAAAUAUUACAACUACACACAUCAUUUGUUGGAGAAUCUUUGCAGUUGUCUUCACUUGAGCAAUAUGCGGAAGAAGAAAAAAAAAUUUGUUUUUGAAUUAAUUGUGUUUUGGAAUAAUUCGGCCCUCGUUUUCUGAUGUUUACUUUCAAACAAAAUUUGAUUUAGUCUUCUCUCAUGGUUUUAAGAAAACACUAGAUGUGACCAUGUACAUCGAAAAAGGUUUGUGCAUUUUGAUUGGAUUACUCCAAAUCCUAUCAGGUGAUGUGAUUUUUUUUUCCCUCCCUCCAGGAUGCCAGUCUGUGUCUGUAGCUUAACCUUCCAGCUUUCAUGUUUUCCCUAACUUCUUGUUUAAUGUUUGUAAUAUUUGCAGGAAUAUUUGCAUCUUCCCAGUGAACAUCACACAGUGAUAAUUGGAGUUCUGUAUCUCAAUACGCUCUCUCGUCAUAUGCAGUUAACACACACACACAGACUGGCGUUAGACUGCAGAGGCAGAGCGGAUUUGUUUGACGACUAACAAAAGACGCGUGAGGUUUGUUUGGGCCUCAGCCUUCUUUGGUCCGUGGCUAUUUUCCAGGUUUGUUGCGUGUGUUCCACUAGAAUAGGUCUUGUGCUGUCGAUAAGGAAGUGUUGAAAAGAUGCAGCAAUGUUUAAUGACCAAAUUAUAUUUGCUCUGUCAAUAAAACUGUGAGGGGAGACAACUUAUGUUAAAUAACUGUGGAAAUUCUUUUUUAUUGUCUACAUCUUUCUAAUAAACUGUUUAAGAAUCA